GAUGGGGAAGAAACGUUGGUUGAUUUGGAUUCUUGCUUGACAGAUGGUCCGUUGUCGGACUCGACUUGGGAUAUGGAUGAUUUCGAUUGAUGGAUAUAAUUGUGGGUGAUGGAUUAGGGGGAUGGAUUAGGGAUUGGGGUUGGCUGUUGUCUAUCGUCUGUUGUCUUUCUUUCUCUUUUCUCUUGCUUCCAUCGGGGUCCGAAUAUUCAUUCACCUUACCUGCCUUACUUAAUUUGAGACUGGCGUUUAAUGAACUGAACUGCCAUGGUUGGCUAUCCAUCAACCAUCAACCAUGUACGGGGAUAACUCGGCAUAGUAAGCCCUCCCACAGGACGAGAAAUAUAGGCGUGCAUCGAAAAGGAAGGAAUCCAAAACACCCACCAGGACGUAAGCAGAACUCUUACCUAGAACGGAAUAGACGCACACCAUCCCAUCCAGUUUGCCUGUCCAAAGGAACAGGUUUGGUCCGGCUCUGAUGUCAGCCCUGGUUCGGGGCGUCGGUGGCAACCUUGGUAUACCCUCGCUAUAAGUAUCCUGGUUGGAUGUUGAUGUUGAUGGUUUGUUUCCAUGCAUCGCAUCUUCAUGUGAAUAUACGGAUACAGACAUAGACAGGCAGACAGGCA